GAUAAUAGCCAACACCAGCAUGUCAGGAACCAUCCCCUCCAUCAUCUCCGCCCUCUCCUCUCUCACCUACUUCGACUUUUCCCAGACUCGCCUCAGUGGCACCAUCCCCAGGUUGACAUGCGGCAGGGCUGGCAGCAGCUGUGAGAUACAGCAGAACACCUCCUCCUUCUUCUGCCGGAUUCUCUGCUUUGACUUCUCAUCCCGUGUCUUCGGUCGUGCCCGCUGUCCCAAGUUCCCCAUGUCUGUCGUGGCACAAGCAACGGGUGGGUGGAGUGAGGAUAGCAGCAGUGGCAGCAGCAGCAGUGGAGGGCAGAGGUACAAGGCAGUGAGUCCUCUCGAUGCGCGCCAGGAGUGGUUCGUUGUGAGGCGCGGCAACGAGGAGCUUUCCACCGACUUCCAGAAAGAGGUGGCCACGCUUUGGACCAUCCGCCAUACCAACCUGCAGCGACUUCUGGGGUAUUGCUGGGAGCAGCGUGGCAGUGCCCUUGACCCUCACUCGCCUGCUGCUAUUGAGGGCGGUGUGCCUCUGUCGGUGUGGCAAUGCCUGGAUGUGACCGCGGGUGUGCUGCGCGGGCUGAAGCACAUCCAGAGCCAUGGGGUCGUGCAUGGCCGCAUACACCCACGCAACAUCCUGCUUGACACCGCGCUGCAGCCUGUCUUGGCUGGUUGCAUGGCCGUGAGAAUGGGCGACGCCCUCCCAUCCAUCCCCACAGCAGCACCAGCAGCAGCAGCAGCAGCAGCAGCAGCAUCAGCAGGGAGGGUGACACGGCCACCUGCCAACCAUGCAUACAUGGACCCAAUCCUGCAUGCCUCUGCUCGCACCACUCCCUCCACCGAUGUCUUCAGUCAACUCAACUCUCAGUCAAAUGCCCGCCUCUUCCUUCCUCCCCUCCCAGUCCGUACUUCUCUCCGCCCACGCCUACUUACGUCUCCACUCUCCCCCAUCCCCCCAUCCCCACCUGCCAGCAUUGCCCAGCUUCGCGCCGCCCACCUGCCCCAAGCACCCGACGCCAUCGUGCUGCCCAUGGUCCGCCUCGCCCUCUCCUGCACCGCUUCCGACCCCCUCUCCCGCCCCACUGUCACCGACCUGCUCCGCUCCAUCAAGGCCCUCAAGCGCUCCCUCUCCGCCCACCCGCGCCCAGCUCUGCCUGGCCACGCAGGGACGAGCGGGGAUGGUGAAACUGCUGGUGCUGCGGGUGGUGGGGGGCCUGGUGGGGAGGAUGGAGGUUUCAGUCAGAAUGCGCUAGACGCGAAGCUUGAUUGGCUGAUGGAAGACGAAGAUAGUGGUGUGUUUGUGACAGAUGUGUAA